UUAAAGGUUUACUGGGAUGGAAACAAAAUAUUAGUUCAGCACACAGGACAGACAGCAUUUAUAUUUCUACAUCAAUCAGCAGCGUACAUAAAACCAAUCAAUUUUGAGGGCCUGUUGAUGCUGAUAAAAGUGUGCGAAGUUGGUAACUCAUUUAGAUGCUCCUAUACUGGUGUCCAGAAUGGUUCAACCUCUGGAAACAGUUCUUACAUGAUUGCAUACAAAGUGCAGCCUAGCGACCAGAUGUCAGUUCUCUCGUCAAUGUCUGCAUGGCUUGGACAAUCCCAUAAUUCAGGAGCUCUGAAAGGAGCAGAGCAGUGCUCAGAAGCCCAUUCCUACAUGAAAAACAUCCAGAGAUCAAUUAUGAGAAGAACCUGCAACUGUAACGCUUCUGAACGUGAUCGGAUUUGCUUUCUUGCAGGACGAGCACUUCCAAAGUCCAUCAAUAUAGUUAAAGGACCAGAUAUUUUACAGCCAAAAGUUGGCCUCAAGAUUCCAAAUCAUUUUAUUGCUCUGCCAUUCAACUUUUAUAAUAAAAAUGAGGACCCUCCUACUCCUCAAAAUUAUUCACUAUCUUCUAAGCAAGUAAUCAUUUUCCCCUCAAAUCAGCAGCUUCCGAAACCCCCCCAAAAAAAUAGCGGAUCGGACGACGAAAAUGAUAACAUUACCGGCGACGUGAGUCGAGUCCUUGAUUUUGGCGGAGAUGCCAUUGGAAGAGUUCGAAGGGUCGGCGAGAAGCUCUUUCACCAGGUAGACGUAGGCGAAUCCGCCCUCGCCGAGCUGCCUCACGAUCCUGAAACGGUUCUCGUUGAUCCAGACGUCUCCGGCGCCAUUAACGGCGUCGUA